UAUUUUAAGAAACGAUGUAAACAAACAUUGAGCUGUCUUUCGCUCGCUUGGACGAACGAAUCGAUCGUUCCGUUUUGGAAAACGUAAUGUCUACGUUCAAUUUCGCUGAGUAAGUCCGGAUUCGUGUGUUCCAGAAACGUCUUGCAUUUGGGUAUAUAAAGGCAGCCACUCCCUGUCGAUAUUCAUACUGCGAUUCAGUGGUAGAAUCUCCGCAAGCAAGAGACAACCGAGUUUCAACGUCUGCGUCCGACGUCAAAACCAGCAAUAACUGAUAACAAAAAGUUAUCUGAAAAUCAGAAACUACCAAGAAUUAUACGCCGCUAGAGAUCAGACCACUUGUUUCACUUUUGACCAGCCAUCUACAACAGGAUUCAACGCAACAUGUCGAUGACAGUGAAAGCAUACCUGAAGCGGGGAGAGAACGCAAAUGCAGAGAUUCGUCGCUUUGUGAUUGACGUUGCUGUGAGUUCAAACUAUGAAUACCUUUCGAAGAAGGUAGCUCAAGUAUUUCCGUCUCUGGGUGACCCCGACAAUUUCACUCUCUCCUGGAAAGAUUCCGACGGAGACAACAUCACUUUCUCCAGCAAUGAUGAGUUGGUAGAAGCCUUGGGUCAGAUAAAUGAUGACAUCUUCCGGAUCUAUGUCAAAGGGAAGAAGAAGUGUUCCCGUGAAGCCCCGUCUACCAGUUCUGAUGACGGCGGUCGGGAGGAGCAGGUGUACCACCCAGGCGUAAUCUGCGACGGGUGCGAGAGUCGAAUCCGCGGUCCGCGGUUCAAGUGCAUCACUUGCCCCGACUAUGACCUGUGUAAGCAGUGCGAAUCCCGAGGCACCCACCCGGAGCACAGUUUCGUCAAGUUCCGCAAGCCUCAAGUCGGCCGCAGCCACCACGGUGGAUUUUUCAACAGACCUGGGAUGUUCCGCCAGUUUGGUCACCCUGGCUGGCGUCACUGGUGGCAGUGGAACCAACAACAGCAGCAGCAACAGCAGGAGCAGCAGGAGGGUGGUACCCAAUCUACUACCCAACAGGAGCAGACCCAGGGGGCUGGUGGCUCUCAAAACAAUGGAGGCUGUCCCAUGGGCCCAGGUCCCUUCUGCCCCCCUCCUCCCCCACCCCCAGGGUGUCACAUGCCACCCCCACCCCCACCUCCACCCCAUGCUUUCCUGAGGGACAUCGGACAGACCGUUGCCCAGAUGCUUGACCCUCUAGGAAUUGAUGUUGAUAUCGACAUCGACCACCAGGGUAACCGUACGCACUGUGCUGGAGAAGCCAAUGCCUGCGGUGGAGGGCGAGGCCGUGGGAGGCAUGGGCGUCGUCACGGGGGCAGAGGUCAGCGGGGAUGCCGAAAGACAUGGCAUGGUGGUGAGCAGACGUCUAUGGAUAUGAGCCAGGAGGAUGCGGAACAACCAGGUCAAGAAGCUUCAAACAACCAAGAUCAGGGAAGCACACAGAAUGAAGCCAGUCAGAAGCAACCACAAGAACCUGUUGAACCAAUGGAGACUACUGUGAAAGACGGAGCUGGUAGAAGUCCUAACGCCUCACCAUCUGGGAGUGAUGAUGCCGACUGGACCAUGCUUGAGAAAACAGGAGGAAAGGCUCCCUCCCAGACUCCACAGGAAGGAUCUACAGUGCAUCAGACUGCUCUGAAUCAGAUGAUGGCGAUGGGCUUUGACAAUGAGGGCGGUUGGUUGACCAGCCUCCUGGAAGCAAAGAAUGGCGACAUCGUCCGCGUCCUUGACGCCAUCAAGAUCGGUCACCAGCCUUCCUUCAGUGGAAACUCCAAGUAAAGCUGUUCCAGAGAGAUUGCAUCGCGUUGCUAUCGUAACCGUAACUUCGUUUAGCUUUGUUACUCUGUAUGUUUUUGA